AUGGCUUUAUUCGAUUUGCAAACAGGGAUGUCAGCUAAAUUUAAAAUAGAUUCGGAGUUUGUGUCGAUCAUGCAUAUGGAAUUAACAGCGAUAGCAAAAGCAAUAGCAUAUAUUGAUUCGUUAGAACCGAAAAAUUAUGUAAUUUUGUCUGAUUCAAAAAGUGCCCUUCACCAUAUUUUGAAAUGUACAACUAUAUGUCGAAGCGCACCUAUCGCUUAUGAAAUUAUUAAAUCCAUUCAAAUUAUUCAGUCUACAGGUAAAGUUUUGAAACUUCAAUGGAUUCCCUCACAUGUAGGACUACCUGGAAAUGAGGAAGUAGACCAGCUUGCAAACGAAGCAUGUUCAGAUGGUAUUACACAUUCGGUUCUUCCAUAUUUCAGCGAGUUAUUUAGUUUAGUUAAAAGAAGAUGUACUGAUAGGUGGAAGGAAUACUUUGGUGCUAGGUCUCUCAGUAAGGGCAUAUGGUAUAAAACCAUUCAACCGUCACUUCCUCAUACACCAUGA